CCUCGCCCCCAUUUCUUCCAUUUCCAAUUCAUCGCAUCCCAAUCACAUCCUCAUCACUCCUCAGAUCCAGCCAGGCCUCGCUGCAAUCCGAGGAGGAAAGGAUCCGCUGCCAUGGAGGGCUACGACCGCGAGUUCUGGCAGUUCAGCGACCAGCUGCGGCUGCAGAACAACUUCUCCAACCUCUCCAUCGCCGACUCCAUCUGGUCCUCCUCUACCGCCCCCAACAACCCCCUGCCCGACCAGGGCGCCGCAGCCGCCGCCGGCUCGUGGAAGGCCGCCACCAACAACGCCCCCGGCCUCAUCGGCGCCGGCAGCAAGCUCGCCUUCGGCAACGCCACCACCACCAACGCCGACCGCUACAACUACUUCCCCGCCAACGCCGCUCCCGACGCCAAGAGCAACGCCAACAACAACUCCGGCGGCCUCGCCUUCAGCAAGAACCUCAACAGCCCGGCCGCCGCCCUCGGCAACGACUACUACUUCAGCAAGAACGCCGGCGCCAUGAACGCCAACACCAACGCCGGCGGCGACGUCAUCAAGAGCUACUUCAACAAGUCCGUCGGCAGGCCGGCCAACAACAACAAUAACAACUCCUUCAACGUCGGCAAGAAGAGCGCCGCCGCCCACGACAAGAAGAAGAGCGCCGGCAACGGCAACGGCGCCGGCGUCGACAAGAGGUUCAAGAGCCUGCCGGCGUCGGAGGCGCUGCCCAGGGGCGAGGCCAUCGGCGGGUACAUCUUCGUCUGCAACAACGACACCAUGGAGGAGAACCUCAAGAGGCAGCUCUUCGGGCUGCCGUCCAGGUACAGGGACUCGGUGAGGGCCAUCCGGCCAGGCCUUCCCCUCUUCCUCUACAACUACUCCACCCACCAGCUCCACGGCAUCUUUGAGGCUGCAAGCUUCGGCGGAUCCAACAUCGAUCCAACAGCUUGGGAGGACAAGAAGUGCCCUGGAGAGUCCCGUUUCCCUGCUCAGGUGAGGGUUGCAACGAGGAAGAUCUGCGACCCGCUGGAGGAGGACGCGUUCCGCCCCAUCCUUCACCACUACGACGGCCCCAAGUUCAGGCUGGAGCUCAGUGUCCCAGAGGCGCUGUCGCUGCUCGAUAUCUUCGCGGAGAAAGUUUUUGCCUGAGUUUGAGUAUGAUGAGCUGACCAUGUAUGGCGAUUGGCGAGGCGAGUAGAGUAUACAUAUAUACUACUCCCUCCGUCCCAAAUUACUAUUCAUUUUGGCUUUUAUAGAUACAUGUCUUUUGAUAUGCACCUAGAUAUAUACUAUGUCUAAUACAUAGCAAAAGUUGUGUAUCUAGAAAAGUCAAAACGAAUAGUAAUUUAGGACGGAAGAGUACGUACGAAUGCAUCUGCUUACCAUGGACUGUAGAGGGAAGGAAUAAGGCUAGUGCAAGACCAACAUAAUAACUAUAAUAAUGUGUAUAAUUUUAGCACCAUAUGCUGGUUAGCAGCAUCUGAUUGUGUCUAGUAUAAGUUAUACUGGAGCAUUGCCUGAUGGGCUUGCCUUUUGAGGAGCAAUGUGUGCUUGUAUCACAGGAAAAGUUAAGCGCGGUGAUGACAUGCCGCCCCUCGCUGUAUUACUAUUAUACAUACCUUCAAAAACCGGAUCUGCUGUGGAUCUGCUGUUAUUCGGAAAGUAUGGCAUCA